GGCUGGGGGGCCCCCCGCGAGCGCUCCCAUUGGUGGGAGAGGAGGGGCGGGGACUUCGCGGUGGGUUUGGGUCUCCCGCGGCGUCGACUUUCCGUGGCAGCACGGAGAGCAGCAGUGGUAGCGGACCUCACUGACCAAGACACCAUGAGCCACAACCUGGACGCGGUGCGGAGCUUCCUGGAGCAGCUGAAGGCGCGAGGCGGCCGGGAGGGGGCGGUCCUCGCCGGCGAGUUCAACGACAUCCGGGCCCGCUCAGCUGCCUUGAAGACUGACGGAGUGUGCUCUACCGAAGCCGCCUGUCAGCCAGAGAAUCUGCGAAAAAACCGCUACAAAGACGUGCUGCCCUAUGAUCAGACUCGAGUGAUCCUCUCCCUGCUCCAGGAGGAGGGACACGGUGACUACAUCAAUGGCAACUUCAUUCGGGGUGCAGACGGAAGCCAAGCCUACAUUGCCACGCAAGGACCCCUGCCUCACACGCUGCUAGACUUCUGGCGCCUGGUCUGGGAGUAUGGGGUCAAGGUGAUCAUGAUGGCCUGUCGAGAGACAGAGAAUGGCCGGAAAAAGUGUGAGCGUUACUGGGCUGAAGAGCAGGAAUCACUACAGAUUGGAUAUUUCUGCAUCAUUCUGACACAGGAGACAUGGCUGAAGUCAGACAUCAUGCUCAGGACCCUCCAGGUCACAUUUCAGAAGGAAUCUCGUUCUGUGUACCAGCUACAGUAUAUGUCCUGGCCGGACCGUGGGGUCCCCAGCAAUCCUGACCAUAUGCUUGCCAUGGUGGAGAAGGCUCGGUGCCUCCAGGGCUCCAGCCCGGGUCCCCUCUGUAUCCACUGCAGUGCGGGCUGUGGGCGAACAGGUGUCCUGUGCACCGUGGAUUAUGUGCGGCAGCUGCUUCUGACUCAGCGGAUACCACCUAACUUCAGCCUUUUCGAUGUUGUCCUGGAGAUACGGAAGCAGCGGCCUGCAGCCGUGCAGACUGAGGAGCAGUACAGGUUCCUGUACCACACAGUGGCUCAAAUGUUCAGCGCCGUGCUCCAGAACACGAGCCCCCACUACCAGAACCUCAAGGAGAACAAUCACCCAGUCUACGACGAUGCCCUCUCUCUCCGGACUCCCCCAGCCUUUCUCACCGUACCCCGCCCAGUAGGCGGGGUCUUCAGGAGCAUCUCGGUGCCCCGGGAUCCGUCGGUGCCCCAGGAUCCGUCCCACGCCAUGUCUGACACGUAUGCAGUGGUGCAGAAGCGCGGGCCCCCCCAAGGCGCCGGAGCCGAAGCACCACCGCCACGCAGCCGGGAGGAGGCGCCGAUCUACAGCCAGGUGACGCCACGCGCCCAGCGGUCCGGGGCGCCUGCGGAGGACGCGCGGGGCCGGCUGCCUGGCCGAGCUUCUGCUGACCCUAACCGUUCCGGGCCUGGUACCUAUGAGGACGUGUCGGAUGGAGCUCAGGCUGGUGGGCUAGGCUUCAACAUGCGCAUUGGAAGGCCGAAAGGGCCCCGGGAACCCCCUGCGGAGUGGACCCGGGUGUGAGUGCUGCGUGGUGCUGCCUGUGUCACCUGUUGCCGCUCUCAGGCACUUGGACUGCUGACAGACACCCCUCUGCUGUACCAUGUGCUGGGGAUGGAAACUCUGGGCCUAGAUGGAAAUAAAAGUUUCUCAGAGUGGAAA